AUGAAGACCUUCCUGCUCACGGUGGAAAGCGACGGCGGUAGUUGCAAGACAUUGUGCAGUCGUUCAAUAUAUACGAGCUUCUUAUUCAACUUUACGCGUGAUUGUUUAUUGCAGGCCCUUUUCGCGGCAGUUGCCAUCGCCGCACCUAAAAACAAGAGAGACGUGUCUCAUUUGUUCAAAGGCAGCAAUGGGUACCUGCCACCUCAACAAUUACAACAGCACGAACAUCAUCACCAGCAGGCACAGCACGAACAUCAUCACCAGCAGCCACAGCCCCAACCAAACAACCAAUACCUCAGCCCCGUCGGCCAAGCUCCUGUACCAGAUAAGCAGUUUCUUAUGCUGCCAUCCACCAACUACGGUGUGCCUUUUAAUGCUGCCCAAGCUCCCGCACCAUCUGCCCCAGUGACUUCCUUCGCAAUCCGUAAUGUACAGCAGGCAUCUGCUCAUGUUGUCCAGCAGGCUCCCGCUCCUCAGGAGCACCACGCUCCAGCUUCUGCGCCACACAAGAGUUACGGAGUUCCAUUUAUGCAUCAGGCCCCAGCUCCAAUGGUUCAUCAGGCUCCGGCUCCAGUAGCCCAACAAUCUUCAGCCCCAAUUGUUCACCAGGCUCCAGCUCCGGUCGUUCACCAGGCUCCAGCUCCGGUUGUUCACCAGGCUCCAGCUCCGGUUGUUCAUCAUGCUCCAGCUCCGGUUGUUCAUCAGGCUCCAGCUGAAGCUGUUCAUCAAGCACCAGCUCCAGUACCACACCAAGUUUACGGUGCUCCAGUUGCCCAGCAGGCCUCAUAUGUGCACCAGGCUUCGGUCCAGCAGGCUUCAGUCUACCAACCACAAGCCCAAGUUAUGCACCAGGCUCCAGUCCAGCAGGCUUCAUACUACCAACCCCAAGCUACAGCUGUACACCAGGCUCCAGUUCAGCAGGUUCCAGCUUAUCAACCCCAGGCUCAGGUUGUGCACCAGGCUCCAGUCCAGCAAGCUCCAGCCUACCAAACCCAAGCCCAAGUUGUACAUCAGGCUCCAAUCCAGCAGGCUCCAGUCCAGCAGGCUCCAGUUCACCAACCUCAAGUAUACCAAUCCCAACCCCAAGCUAUAUACCAGUCUCAAGUAUACCAACAACAGGCCCCAGUUAUGCACCAAGUUCUAGAUCAAGAGCAGUUGGUCUUUGACGCCCCAGUUCAGUCGAUCGAGGUUUCCGAAAAGCACUCGGUUGAGCAUAUUCCCGCUGCUCCCCAUCACCACGUUGAACACGUUCCCACUGCUCCUCAGAACUACGUUGAUCAUGUUCCCCAGCAUCACGUUGAGCACAACUCUGUCACCGUUGAGUCCCAUAACAAUGAAUACCAAUACACUCAACAGCAGACUGACUCCAACGGUGGAUACAUCUAUUAGAAAACUUUAUUAUCUUUACGAGUGAAUGAUAGAUCGAGUGUAACAUAUAUUUCUAAGCCAUUACUUAGA